AUUGCACGGCGCACACAUUUCUCCCUUCUCCUCUCUCCAUAAACCUCUGUAUAUAUAUAAACUGGCCCAGACCCAAUCCUCAAUGUCCGCAAUUUGAAUUACCGGAAGACGAAGAGGAGGAGGAGGAGGAGCUUCUGCAAGUAUGGCGAAGAAGGCGCCGGCAAUGGCGUCGCCGCCCUUAUCGGCGCGCCAUCUGAUGAGGUCCGGAUGGAAGCUGGCGAUCGCCGUCUCUUUGGCCCUCUGUGUCCUUGUGUUCCUCCGGAUACAUCUCUUCUUUCUCUCGGAUUCCGACGGCCUAAUCCCUGCCUCCGAAGCAUCGCUUUCAUUCCCUCGGAAGCCAAACAGAUCUCUCGCCGACAAUUUCUCCGGCAAUCCGAAGGUCGCUUUCCUUUUUCUAGCUCGGAGCAAUUUGCCGCUCGAUUUUGUUUGGAGAAGCUUCUUUCAGGAUAUUGAUCCUGCCAAUUUCUCUAUAUACAUACAUUCCAAGCCAGGCUUUGUAUUUGAUCAGUCUACUACAACUUCCCCUUUCUUUUAUAACAGGCAGCUGAAAAACAGUAUCAUGGUAGCUUGGGGAGAAUCAAGCAUGAUUGAAGCCGAGAGGUUAUUACUUGAAGAAGCUCUAGAAGAUCCCGCCAAUCAAAGAUUUGUUCUCUUGUCAGACAGCUGUGUCCCUUUAUACAACUUCAGCUAUGUAUACAAAUAUUUGAUGGACUCUCCGAGGAGUUUCGUGGACAGUUUUUUGGAUGUAAAUGGAAAAGAAAGCCGCUAUAACCCAAAGAUGAAGCCAUAUAUACCAAAGACCAAAUGGAGGAAAGGAUCACAAUGGAUCGCUUUGGUUCGAGAACAUGCUGAGAUAGUUGCAGAUGAUGAAGUUGUAUUACCAGUUUUCAGGAAGUAUUGUAAGAGGCGCCCACCAAUAGAUGCCAGUCUGAAGAGUCGGAAUCUUAUCCUUCAAAAGCAGCACAACUGUAUCCCUGAUGAACACUAUGUGCAGACAUUACUUGAAAUGCACGGAGUUGGAGCUGAACUGGAGCGGAGAACAAUAACUUACACAGUAUGGAACCAAUCAUCAUCCAAUAUGGAAAAGGGGGCUUGGCAUCCUAAAAGGUUUACUUAUGCAGAUGCAGAGCCUGAAAAAAUUAAUAAAAUAAAGGACAUCAGAUAUGUUUACUUCAAGACUGAGGCCCGAACAGAGUGGUGCAGUAACAAUUCAAAACGCGUCCCCUGCUUUCUAUUUGCAAGGAAAUUUUCUCGGGCAGCGGGGAUGCGCCUUUUGAGCGAAGUGGGUGGUCCGCUUGAUGGGUCCACUUCCAAGGGCCCACCACCAUGAUUUUUCAUCACGACCGCGUCCGCUGCUUAUAUAUACAUGCUUCCAUGUGCAUUCAUUGAGAUGCCCACGACUUGUGCUCAAUUCGCUAACAUACACAACAUGAUGAUGACAUUGUUGAUUGACUUACACUAGACAUGUUAGAAGCAAAUCUUGACUCACAUUGUAUUAUUCAUAUACAUUGUAUUAUUCAUAUAGAAUCAAGGUUACAAGCUCUGGCUAUACUAUAGCAUAGUUGCAAUAAAAAUUUCCAUUCCAGGUGUACCUUCAACUGUAACAGUCAAGAUUUAUAAGAAGAAAAAUGGGUUCAAGCAAAUGAAUCAGAAGGCAGCCAUGGUUGCUGCUUCAUGAUCAUCACCUUGAAGAGCCGUUUUGACGCUUUGAAGAUUGGUGAUUAGUUUAGAAGUUCGAAUCACAAUCCCGACCUGAUCUCAAUUAAGGGAAAGGAGAGGUUGAAGAGGACAACGACAGAGGCAUGGAGGGCAAUGAGAGAAUGCGUCGGUGAGGAGCCAAUACAGAGGCUGUCCGACC